UAUGGGAAUGUUAAUAACGUGUACAGAGUGAUCACUGCAUUAAUCUGCUCUCAUCAUGUGGAGCUAUAUAACCAUAACCUGUGUAAUUUUAGGCUGAAGUUGAAAGAGCGAUGCCUCAAGGGAUGAGAUUAAGGCUUGCCUUAAUUGGAGGUGACUUGGUCAGGAGCAGCUCUGGUAUGGUGGACAGUAUGGCAUGGACAACCAGUGGGCAGAGGCUCAUGUGAUUUGCUGAACACAAUAAACCCCAACGUGGGGGCUGAUCAGACGGUCAAGCAAUCAACCUGUUGUGCUGUUAUCAGAAGGUUCGCGGGCAGUGUGCAACAGUAAUCCACAGAGUACUGUCAUGUUAUUAGCUCUAUGCCAACCAUAUGUACAACUUGCUCCUGCACUAGUACCAGGAUUACACACCUGUGUGAACAGCAUUGACACAUAGAUGCACAUGUACCAUCUGCACACUGAUGAAAGAUAUUCUUACUGGGGACUUGGCACGUGCAGCCCUGUUUUGUGUGUAGGUACACAUCUGUCAUUGUGCAUUGUGAGUUGAUGUAUCAGUGAGCCAAUUGGUUUCAUCAUGGGCUGUCACUUGUGUCAAUGGAGUGCAUGAUCGAUGAUGGGUCUCCCUGUGAUUUAAGCCCCUAGCCCCCCGUGCUCACAACUCUGGAAGGGGGGUGGAAGUUGAUCAUUAUUCUACUGGAUUGAAUGUGGGACUUGAAUCUAGCCAGAAACAUCCCCCUCCCAUCCAGCCUCGGUGUAGUCUUUUCAUCUCUUCUGGAUUUGCCAUGAGGCUGACAUCUAUGCCAGCGACGCAUUAACUUCUUGCUCUAGCCUUUGGUUUACCUGACCAACCCACACCAGCAUGACUGAUAUCGGCGGAUAUGUCAUACUUCUGGUGGAAACAAAGGACCAACAGAUAAAGCUCUUUGGUUCCCCAGCAGACCGAUCUGACUUAGACAUCGGAGAUGAGAUCUUAGAGGUUAAUGGCAAGUCGCUACACAAUGCUUCCCAUUCUGAGGUCAUCAGUCACAUUCACCAGUGCGUACGGUCACGGACAAUUUCACUGCGUGUCAGGAGAAGAAUUGGCCUCUCUGGAGGAGAACCAGACCAAGAGAAGAAGCAAGUGCAAGAAGCUUACGUCAUUGCUGUAGAACAGCAGGCCAAAGACAAGAUAGCUAAACUUGCCCGUCACAACUAUGUCAAUACUGUGGACCUGGCCACAUUACCACCACUUACCAAUGCUUCCGGGGAUGUAAUCAAUGGUUACAGUGAGCCCAGUUACACAACUGACGACGGUUUUUCAUACCCACCUGCAGAAGAGGAGGAUCUCUAUUCGCCCGACACAGGUGUGCCCUCUGUGAACAGUGGAUUCAUCGCGGAGCCCGAGAUAGAGGCCGAGACAAUCAGUGGGGAAAAAUCGCAGGUCGAUUUUGGCACAUUGAAUGGUAUUCAGAAUGAGGCUUACAGCAGCAGCACAGAGAGCUUACCCGAUUUGCGGCUGCAGAACAAUGGCGUAAACACGGUGACAGCAAGUGCUGCCGUUGAGCCGUUUACAAACAUUGAGGACACAGAGAGUGUGAGGUCGUACGAGUACCCAGAUUAUAACGGCCAGGGGGCAGUGGUGGACGAACCUGCACUUGAGUGUAGCGUCAUCGCUCCGGUGGAGCUAUCACCGCAGGCUCUCGAGAAGCUAGACGAGCCCACCCAGUCCUCGCAGCCAGUAUCCGAAGAGAAUGCCAGCGAGAUGGUUGUGCAGGCCGAGCAACAACCACUCAAGCCGGAGAGGGGCAUGCAUCGGGAGGUGGCGGUGGACUGCCCGCCGGGCUUUGUGGCAGCCAGCGGAAUGAAGAAUCCCCCUCCGCAGUACACUCCCCAGCAGAAUGGGGGUUCAUCUGUUGUGCUUAAUGGGACUGAUGUUUUGCCCAGCUCUCAUCCAGUGGAGAAGAGCGGGAAGAAAAAAUCCAGCUCGAAAAAGCAGCGAAUUGAAGAGGGCAGGGGAAUCGAGACACAGAAUGCCAGUCAAAACAACAGUCAGGGUGCUACUCUGGCAUUCCAGCCCGUCAGCACCAAGGCAUUGUUCAACGAUGACCCCAAAGCCCAUGUGGAAGCCGCGACUAAUAACAGAAAAACUGUCGAAUUGUCCCAGUUGCUGUCCAACCUGGAGCAGAUGCAGGCCAAGCUGAGGGACUCGACCAGACCAGAGACCGUCCAGUUCCUGGGCAGCCUCUUCCAGAACCCGGGGUUCCAGCAAGCACUGGAGGUGCACAACCAAUUGGUGCAGGUUCACCAACAGACCCAGGUGCCUCUGCCUGUCACCAGCAGUGCCCAACAAAUCGCUGCUGAGGUGAAAGCAGGAGCCAAGACAAGUCAGAGUGAUGAAGCACAGGAACUCACAAGGAUACUUGAGACUCCGGAAUUCAAGUCCCUGCUGUCGACCCACGACAACAUCGCCUCCAGGGACCCCACCCAGAUGCUUGGGCCCGAAGACCAAGAGGACGACCUUAACUUGGAGAUGGUAGAGGAAGACUCGGUCAAGAUUGUUCGGAUUGACAAAACCAACGAACCCCUGGGAGCGACUAUUCUGAAUGAUGGAGAGGCUGUGGUCAUCGGUAGGAUCAUCAAGGGCGGCAUGGCCGAGCGGAGCGGGCUGCUGCACGAAGGGGAUGAGAUACUGGAAAUCAACGGCAACGAUAUUCGAGGAAAAUCUGUCAAUGAAAUCUGUGAAUUCAUGAGCGCUCUCUCAGGGACACUUACAUUCCUCAUGGUGCCUUGUAAGCAGCAUAACAUCAAGCAACAGUCCAAAGACACAGCCCUUAUUCACAUGAGGGCGCACUUUGACUACGACCCGGAGGAUGACAUGUACAUCCCUUGCCGGGAGCUGGGGUUAUCCUUCCACAAAGGGGACAUCCUGCAUGUCAUCGCCCAGGACGAUUCCAACUGGUGGCAGGCAUACCGGGAGGGAGAGGAGGACCAGACGCUGGCCGGCCUGAUCCCCAGCCGCAGCUUCCAGCAGCAACGAGAGGCCAUGAAGCAGACGAUGCCCGAGGACGAGGAACCGAAGAAGAAGCUAUUCUGCGGCGGCAAGUCCAAGAAAAAGAAGAAAAAGAAAAAGCUGUACAAUGCAAAUGGAAACGACCAAAGCAGUGAUGAGAUUUUGACCUACGAGGAAGUUGGCCUGUACCAGCCAGACCCCAGCAAGAAGAGGCCCGUGGUGCUGAUUGGUCCACCCAAGGUGGGCCGGCAUGAACUCAGGCAGAGAUUACUCGAGACAGACGAACGCUUUGCAGCUGCUGUACCCCACACGAGUAGACCAAAGAAGGACCACGAAGUCCAUGGCCUGGAUUACUACUUCACCACCAGGCAACGCUUUGAGCAAGACAUCCAAGCCGAGAAGUUUGUGGAGCACGGCGAGUUUGAGAAGAACAUUUACGGCACUAGCCUGGAGGCCAUACGCAGUGUGGUGGAGGAGUCCAAGAUCUGUGUGCUCAACCUCCAUCCUCAGGCUUCAGAGUUCAAGCAUGGCAUGCGAAAAACCAGAACCUUCUGGAGGUCACUUAAAGUCCUGAAGAAUUCCGACCUGAGGCCGUACUUCAUCUUCGUUUGCCCACCGUCCCUGGAUCGACUCAGGCAGCAGAGAACCGAAGUUGGAGAUCUCUUGAAGGAGGAGGAAUUACGGGAAAUCAUCGAGACCGGUCGCGCCAUGGAGGACACCUACGGCCACUACUUUGACUACGUCAUCAUCCACUACGACCACGAAAGGGCCUACUCGGAAUUGGUGGAGGAGAUUAACAGAAUACAGCUGGAGCCACAGUGGGUUCCUCUCUCCUGGCUAGAAAGCUAGAAAGGGGCCAUGCCACCCAGGGACAGUUUUUCUCCCAUCGUAUGGCCAAAGCCUUGGGAGUUGCCUAAAGGGAUCAAGUGCCUGUGACGAUAAACAUUUCAGUACAGAAACCUGUUGAUUUGCUGUGGGCUUCACUGUGUGCAACUACGGCAACAAGAAUGCAGCUUGGGGUCCCUUUUGUGUCAUUUUUCCCAUCGAAGCGGUUUUACAUGCUUUGGACUCAAGGGACUUCUGGCCAAAAGCACGCUCUGAUCAUGUCCCAUUAUAUGCACAUCCGGCCAGAAAACGAUCACAAACCACUUCACAUAUGCCAAGCAAGUGAUUGCCUUCUUCUGGGUAAGGCUGUGUCCGACUUGCUUGGCUGCAGCUGGCAAUAAUGCACAAGUUUACAGGGAAUGGCUGUGCUAGCUUAUGGCGUCCAUAGGUACAUGUAUAAUUUCAAGCCAUAGCCAAGUAAAUUUGAGAAGAGAUCAGUCUUACAGCACCCUCAACUGUUUUAUGCUCAUAGUCAAUCAUUCAGAUGCAAUCUUUCAUAUACAGCAGGCACAGGACUCUGGGGGUGCAAUUUAUACUCCACCACAACCCCUCCCAAAAUUUUUUUCGUCGGCCUCACUCUGGUAAGGUCAGGAAACUUCAUGGACCUUCCAGUGUACAUGUAUUUCUUCGACGAGGAUUCCGUCUUCUGAUGGGAGUGAAAAGAGGGUGGGCUUCAACGUGGGUGAGAUUUUAAGACAGCUUCAAAGUGGCUGCCAUGGCUUCAAGUGUUACCAUGGCAACAAGCAUUUCAACAAAAUAAAUCAUCCUCUCCUUAUGCAGAGUUUAAAUCAAUUGUAUGACAUGAAACUUGUGACUUCACCUCUGAUCAAGGGUAAAUUGUGAGGUGCUGCUUAACGGUUUGCAGAAAAGUGCUGAAGUACGUACAGUGUAUAUAGCAGAAAAAUAUGUGCUAAGCGUCGCUGGAUUUGAAGACCAAGAUAUACUAGUUCCUUGACAGGCAUGGCAUUUCCCUGGUUACUUCACUACUUAAGGAAUAUUGCAUACUGUAUAUGAUCACAGAUGCCAAAAAAUGAAGGUACUCUUUGCUAUUAAGCUCGCUGUGAAAAAAAGCAGAAAGUGUUGGCUUCACACGAACAUUGAUGCUUCAAAAAGAUCUUUACCAUGACAUUCAAAAUUGUUUUUGGAACAAAAGCGUGCUGGCUCAUUUCUGCCACUGCAAUGGUUUUUUUGUCUUUGAAUGAGGACUUUGUCUUGUCAUCAAUGUCAAGAGUAAAUGCUUUCUUCUCUCUGCUGCUCUGGGAAAUUUAUGACCAUAGCAAGCUCUAUGAGUUGACAAUUCAAUUGUGGACCCCACCAUUUCUAAUAAAAAAUAUUUUCCUGCAGGUUCUCAGAAAUCACUAGGCGUGAAAUUACCUGCUAGAUUUGAAUAAAGGUCACUGCAUAAUGCAUUUUUUGAAAUUAUGAAGUAAAGACCAUUGCUCGUAAUACCGGUACAGAGGCAAAACUCCAAGAUCAACUACAUCAUUACUUUAUAAGCAGCAUUAAAUUUCCAACUGAAUAUGCAAUUACGGUUAGAACGGUGGUAUUGGAAAUGAUUCCACUGCUAUUAGUCAGUCUAUCAGUGUGUAUUUGAAUUUCCUGAUCAGUCCUGUCUGAUCAUCAAUCAAGUUAUGAAAUAUCAUUGGGCAGAGCCGGCAUGGAGCUUUCAAAUGGUGUGAAUCGCAGCUGCUCUUGAAAUAUUGAAGGAUGCAGCAGAUUUAAAGAAAAGAGAAAGAAGAGUCAUAGGUGAUGACUCCGGACUUGAUUUUUUAACGUGCGUGGAGGUCAUAAAGACCCAGCCCUCAACAAACAAGUAGGGGGUCAAUCCUUGGUCUCAAAAGUGACCCUUACCACGAUCUUUGUGGUGCAAUCGGUGAAGAAUGUGGUGGUAGGUCUCUUUACAAAGUUCGUAUUCGACAGAUAAUCUGUUGAGAGAUGUGUAAAGACAAAACACCACAUUUCUGCCUGUAUUCCCUCCCCCCACCUGGCUGUGGCCAAUGGGAUUGUGUCCGAUGCAUUUUGAUAUUCACCGGUGACAUUCAGCGUACUGCAAUCCCUCCCCAGUUUUCUUGAGCUGUAAUCAGGCCAUAAAAUGAGGAUGGUGUCAUCAAGGUACCUGCAGGCCUGAUAGAAGAGCACAUUGUCCAAAGCAUCUGUGGAGCUGAGCUGGUUAAAAAGCCCAUCAGUUUGAGAAGAUAGCUUUGCUCUUGGCAAGUGAUGCAAGCGGUGCUCAACAUAAUUGAAGUUUGCUGUAACUGAAAGCGUCAAAAAGUUCAGAAAUAUGCCAAUGUUGUCUUCCAUGAUAGUCUGUGCUGCUAACUGAUGGUAUACUGGUCAGUUUUCCAUUUCAUUAUAUCUCCCUCAAUGCCAUUUCCAAAAUGAGUUUGGGGUUGGAGCAAAUUUCUUUACAUUUCUUGAAUCCUCACUCAAAGCUGGCCUACAACAUGGAGACAAAAUCUCCAGGAGAAGAAAUUUUGAGACUAAGUUUCAGUAAACAGAUAUUUAAAAAUGGUACUAAUAAUGUAUCAGGAAUCAAAUCAGUCUUGUACAGACAUCUACGUAUAUAUCACUUCAGCUGUACAUGUUAUCAGAAUUCAUUUGUAGCUAUUGCUAAGUUAUUAUAUAUCUCCAGUAGACUGUUUGCCGUCUUCAACAUGUACAUGUAUAUCUGGUUUUGGCAUUUAUCUUUUUUUGUUCUUUUUUUGGUUAUGAUUUGUUGUCAGUUGUAAUUUAAUUUGAUAGACAGUAACAGUUAAUUUGUACAUAAAGUACCAUUCAUAACUGGUUCAGUGACAAUGAACAUAAAUUAUUGCAACUCAAUGUUUGCUUUAGUUGUAGAAAGUAUAACCGGAACAUUAUUACAAAGCAUAAAUUUGAAGUAUGUUUUCACUUUGUUCAUUUGUAAAAGACAUUUGUUUAGGAACUCACUUAUCCAUGCCUUAUAAGACUGUAACAGAUAACCCACCACACUGUUCAGAUUUGAACUAACUUCUUGUGCUCAUUCUAAAAACAACACAUUUUCUUCGGAACGCAUCUUUCGGGAAACCAACUCAAAGAAAACUGAUCGUGCUUUGGCCAAUAAACCUGUGAUCGUUUUGGUCAAUCUCCCUCAAGAAGUUGAAUGAGAUAAAACAGACAUUUUCAACAGAAAUGUAUAUACAUAUACGUAUUUGCCAAAAAUAUUCAGUAAUGUCAAGUUGACCAUGAAAUUUUAAUACCACCAUGUUUGUUGUAAAUGUAGGCUUUGUAAUGUCUUCCAGUGCCUUACACAGUUUAACUACCAAAAGUUAACAAGAUUACAAAACGAAAAAGAGAGAAAAAAAAUUCACAUAGUUUAAUAUGCAUGUGCAUGCCCACAUUGUUGCACUAUGGUUUUGCAGUUAUAUACUUAUGUACGUUGUACAUUACUGCCAGUCACUACUAAUCUUAUAUAGGAAGCCCCUGAGGUUCAGAGUGUAGCAAAGCACUUUCAUCCUCAUCUUGUAUGAAGUUUGACCAGUUUAUUGUGUUUCCAUUAUGGUUGCUGCUGUGCUCAUACAACUGCUCAAUGUCAUCUAAAAUCCAGUGAACAAUAUGGUUGUUGCUUUUAAGUACUGUGUGUGUUUUAAGCCAUCUGUUUUUCCCUCAACUGUGAAAAGGGAAAGCAGAUAGAAAAAGGAUCUCUUUGCUAAAACCAAAAGAGAACAGCAUAAGUGCCUUACCAAAGUAUUGCUAUCUCCUGGUUCUGCUGUCUUCAAAUGCCCUGAUGGGAUCAUGUGUCAUUUUGGAGCUGUUCAUAAUUCUGACUUGGAUAAUGGAUUUCCCUGGGACCAGAAUAGAUUAUGACUCAACUCUCAAAUUGGUCCCGAUGGGAAUCUAUCCUCCAAAUGGAACAGAAUGAAGCUAUUAUGAUUUCCUGAAGUGACAAAACAUGUCUAAUUUGGUAAUGAUGGCAUUGAAUCCACAGGACUGCAAGUGUUUCCACUUGAGCUGCAGUGUACAUGCUUAAUGCAUCGCUCCCGCAAGGGAGUCAUCUAGCCACUUUGAUCUAGCUGUUGGGUGAAGAAGACUUCCUGUAACUUGUGCAGAAAUCGGCAGUGUGGGCUGAAAGAGGGGCUGGGCUGGGUCAAAAUAUCACAAGUCGAAACUUUCCACUGGCUGUCCUGUUGCCGCAUUGCACAUGUGCAUGCAAAUGAACCUGGCCAGCAUAAUAACAGCGGUGCAGUUCCUGGAAAUGGACCUGAUAUUCAUGGAAAGUGGGCAUCGGUUCCAGCAGUAUGCUAGGCAUUUUGAGCAGCUUGGAAGUUCCCCUUCUGCUGCCCAAAUGCAGUCCUGUGGAUGACGGAUAUAGGUCAACAUGAUACAUGUAUCAUUCCUAAAGCGGAAAAUGUGGUAGUGUGCAACGUACUGACAAAUUUGUGAGGCAUGUCAUUAAAAACCUACAUAUACGAAGCCAGACACAUACUGCAUGAUUUGCUUUUUUCUCAAUGCAGAAAGUUGGCAUACCUACUAAAUACAAGUACUGCAACUCAAGUGGACUUAAAAAGAGGUUUUUUUUAUUAAAAUACAUGUAUUUAUCUUACAAAGAAAUAAUAAAUAGAACAUGUUUUGACAUGGCAUGUUCUUUUUUUGUAUUCAAGUGUUUGUUGUUUGAAAUGAUCCCAGUUGGUUAAUCAUUUCACCAUGCUUGAUGGUAAUUGAAAUUUGAUUGAGUGUUAUUUAUCCAGGUUGACAAUGAACAGAAUUGGCUAAAAUUCUAUUUCUACCAAAUUUAUGACACCAGUACAUGUACUCCCAGAAUUGAAGGGGCCUAUUCCUCCUUAUGAAUUUUUUUUGGAAUAUUCAGGUUUGUUUGGUGUACCUUGGCUGAUCUACAUGUAUGUGUAAUUAAUUUUUUAAUGAACAGUAUUCAGCUUAAUUUUUUUAUGCUAUUCAAAGAUUAAAAAAAUAUUUCACAAGUAUGGGGCUUGAAUCAGAAAAUCUGCAUAUAUAUUUGUAAAUAAAGUUUUUUCUUGGAAGAUUCGUAUUGUAUUUUAAAGAAGAAUUUAUUCACAUUUCAUAAAGUUGUAUUUCAAAGAUGAUCUGAGAUUUCAGAACUGAGGAUAAAAUGGAGGCCGAAAUGUGUUUGGAAAAAGACUAUUUGAAGGAUUGACAAAGAUUUGACCAAUGAUAAAUCAGCAUUGGGACAUGUUGUAUUAUGUAGUUGAGGGGCCAUUCACAUUAGUGUUUAGCUGUAAGAUGUUUGUAUAGACUGAGACUAAUUUUGGUUUUCUGAUAUCUCAAUUUUUAUACCAAUAAAAUCAGUGCAGGCAUUCUUUGAAAA